CUCAUUCGAGCCUGAGCCGUUGACUUAGACGGAGACAUAUUAUACUUGUUAUAUAUAUAUUUCAAUUCGAUAAAGAAACCCCUUAUACGGUAACAUAUUGUUAUAAUAAUUAUUAUUAUCAUCUUAGUGAUAGUACAUCACAGUGGCGACGAGGAAAAUCGUGGAACAGUGCACAAAGUGUUGUUGAGAAAAGACAAGCUCAAACGGAGUAUAUCCAGAGUGGGCGAACCUCUUGGAUUGGCGCUCUUCAUAAUUGCUCUCCAACCUGUUCUCCAUACGUCGAGAUCUCUAAGAGAAACUGUCGGAUGAGAGUGAGUGCCUCUGAACAUUAAGUGUUCAACUCCGUGCUGCUGCUGUUGCUUGGAUAUACCUGUUGUUGCUGUUGCUGCUUAGAUCCGUCGUGCUGCUGUUGAGAAAGGUGCUACCCACUCGAGAACGGGAGAAAUCAGGUAGUAAAGCUACUGAGAUCCUUUUCAUCCAGUACUAGAUUGUGGCGGAGAUUUCUCACAUCUCACGAAGCUCUACGGCGCGAAAGUGAGGACACAUCAGAUGUGGUAGACGACUGCAUGAUAUCGUUGAACCUACCUACAGUAUAGAAAAGUGCAUGCUGGGAAAUUCGUUGGAGGAGCAGAGCUGAUUUCAUUAAGUGGAGUAGAAAUCUAUGUGAAAGUAGUACAAUGACCACUAUGAUAGGAUCGAUCGAUCAAUAUCAGCGACACAAAUCAUUCACUCAUUAUGUAGAACGCUUCGAAGUGAUGUGUAAGCUAAAUAAAGUUAAUGAUGAGACGAAGCAGUCUUGGUUCAUUUCGGUUAGUGGGGAUGAGGUUUUUGAAGAGAUAAAACUAAUUUUUCCAAAAAAGGAUGUUUGUGAAAUUCCCUAUGACGAAAUGAUCAAGAAGCUAAAAGCACGGUUCGACAAAGUGGAGCCCGCGUUGAUGAACAGAUAUGAGUUUUACAAUCGUAUUCAAAAACCGAACGAGUCUGCUGAAAAUUUUGUGCUAGCAGUUAAACUUUUAGCUGAAAACAGUAACUUUAGGGAAUUUAAAGAUGAAGCUAUUCGCGAUAGAUUGAUCAUCGGGCUUCGAGACAAAGACCUGAGGAAAAAGCUUCUAAUGGACGAUGAUGUGAAUUUGGAAACUGUUGAAAAGACAAUAAUAACAAGUGAGAAGGCUGAGAGUAGAGCUGAUCAUAUUAACGAUUUUAGUGAAUCGGGCAAAGUGAUGUCAGUUAAGGAACGUUUGGGCAGAAGAUUCGAUGAUUAUGAACGUAGGGGUAGCUAUGAAAGACCUCGUUAUCGUAGUUGGAGUCGUGAUCGAAGUAGAAGCAAUGAUCGUGCUAAGGGUUUUGUUAGGAAUAGAAGCAGGGACUAUGAGUGGAACAGAGGCCAUCGCGAUAUUCGACCAAAGCAUAUUCACGGUAGUGCAGUUUGUAAUUACUGUAAACGUAAGGGUCAUAUCCGUAAAAACUGUUACUUUUUGCAAAAUGAUAAACAAGUGAAGACUGUCAACUUUGUUGACGAAAAGAAAGACAUUGAGGAGCCAUCAAUUACGGAUAAAUUCGAUAGAAUUCGCGUUAACGACUCUAGUGACGAAUCAGAAAUCAGUUGUAUGAUGAUAAGUAGUGUUAACAGGAUUUCUGAAGCGUGCAUGGUUGAUGUUUUGAUACAUGGUUACAAUGUAUCUAUGGAGAUCGAUACAGGAUCCGCUGUAGCUGUAAUUAGUGAAAUGCUAUAUAAAAGAUUGUUUCGUGGAAUUAAUAUUGCCAGGUGUGGCAAAAAGCUGGUCGUUGUCAAUGGUUCCAGUAUUUCGGUAAUAGGACAGAUUUAUGUGAAAGUAGAACUGAACGGAAUGCACGCUGAGACAAAUUUAAUUAUUUUAAAAACUUCCAAGGAUUUCACUCCACUUCUGGGUAGGAACUGGCUGAAGUUAUUCUACCCGAAUUGGAAGGAUGGUUUCAAGCAGUUUCAUUCUCUCAAAAGCAUAACUUGCAUGGAAACACCUGAGCAACAGUUGAGUACAAUUAGACAAAGAUAUGCCAAAGUAUUUGAUGAAGAUUUAACCGAACCAAUUACAGGUUACGAAGCGGAACUCACCUUUAAAUCAGAGCAGCCAAUCUUCAAAAAGGCCUAUCAAGUGCCAUAUAAAAUUAAAGAUAAAUUUUUAAAACAUUUAGAAUUGCUUGAGAGACAGGACGUGAUAACACCGGUACUGGCGAGUGAAUGGGCAUCCCCAGUAAUAGCUAUUAUAAAAAAAGAUGGAGAAAUUAGAAUGGUCCUAGUGGGUAAACAUACGACGAAUGCGCACAGGAAUCAACUAAAGGUUGCGCAUAAGACUGGUAGACAAAAGACUGCGAUCUUUUGCCCACGACAGGACUCGUUGUGUACAAGUAAGCGAAGGCGGACCUCUUUAGACGACGAAGAUGAAUUUGAAGGAUUCGGGGAUGUCCCAGAGGCGAACAAUAGACCGAGGAAGAAGAAAAUCAGAACACGUGAGCGAAGCCCAAUACUUACGCGUUCGAAAGAUGUUCAUCGUAGCUAGGCGAAUACGCUGUAGCGUUUCAUCGUCGAAUAUUCUGAAUUUGGAGUGCUAGUGUGCAAGUGCAAGUUAUUGAAUUAUUGAAAAAAAAGUAGCAAUGAAUUUGCA